CUUACCCUCACUACUUCCUUUCAUUUGCGUAUUGCUGGUAUCGCUUAUUGCUGCCCUGUUACAUUCACUAUUUAUUUCAUAAAAAUUAUUCAAAAAAGUUAAUUGUUCAUUAUCGACAUUAAUUAUCAUCUCUUUGGUGAUUUUAUUUGAUUGUGUCAAAAAAAUUAUUACAACCAUCCAAGGUUACAUUAAACGGCAACUGCCGCUGCGUUCUUUUAUAUAGAGUGUUUGUUUGUGUGCAGGACCAACGUCACGAUGUCAGGUAUAGCGAGUGCCCGACUUGCGGAAGAGCGAAAAGCUUGGAGGAAAGACCAUCCAUUCGGCUUUGUAGCACGACCAACUAAAAAUGCAGAUGGUACACUUAAUUUGAUGAGCUGGGAAUGUGCUAUUCCUGGUAAAAAAUCGACUCCCUGGGAAGGCGGUCUAUACAAAUUGAGAAUGAUAUUCAAAGAUGACUAUCCAUCAAGCCCGCCAAAAUGCAAAUUCGAGCCUCCACUCUUCCAUCCAAAUGUUUAUCCUUCAGGAACAGUCUGUCUUUCAUUACUGGACGAAGAAAAAGAUUGGCGACCGGCAAUCACUAUCAAGCAAAUUCUCUUAGGUAUUCAAGAUUUGCUGAACGAGCCAAAUGUCAAAGAUCCAGCUCAAGCAGAAGCUUAUACUAUUUAUUGUCAAAACCGUUUGGAAUACGAAAAACGGGUCAGAGCACAAGCCAGAGCAAUGGCACCACAAGAAGCACAACUUUAAAAAAAAAUAAUUUAUUUUUACCAUCUCUCUGCUGCAAUCAUUAUUAAGAAAAAAAUGAAUGCGUACACAGGAUAAAAAUAAAAAGUACAGACCUACAGACAUUUUAAUAAUUAUUUAUAAUAACAUACAAAUGAUCUGUAAACAAAAACGUUUAAAUUUAUUGUGUUUAGUCCAUUAAAAAUUUAAAACUAAACUAUUGGAUAAAUAUUCACUGCACUUACACGUAAUGUAAGUUACUUUUUUUUUUUUUUUCUUUUCUUUGUUUUAUCAUUCCAUGUAAAAGAAUAAUUUUCAUACUUUUCUAAAUAUUUAUAUGUAUAAAAAGUAAUUUUUUUAUUUAUCCUUAUAAUUUAUAAAUUUACUACAUCAGUGGCGUAAUGUAUCCACGCUGUGAGUUUGUUGUUUGUAACUUCAAUGCAAUGUAUUCAAAUAAUACAUUGCGGUAAUUAAAAAAAAAAAGAUCUGCAACUUGAAUGUGCGUACAAACAACAACAGAAAAUUAAAAUCUUAUAUGAUAAUCUUAUCUUAUAAUAUAAAUUAUAUAUCUUUAUAAAAA